CAAUUUAGGUAUUUAAAAAUAAACCGUUGAAUAAUCAUAAGUUGUGUAUUGUGUGUAAACGGACCACAGUGAGGCGUUGUUGUCACGGGAGACUUAAACUUUAAAGAAUAGUAUAGAUUAUAUAGGGUGGAGUUACACUUAUCGAAUCGAUUUUACAGUUUCAAGGAACUAGAACUGCAAAAUGACAGGAAAGCUCUUUAAAGUCGUCAAUAAGACAAUUUACUUAGUGUUUCAGAGGAACGAACGCACACCCGAUGCGUAUCUGCAGCGAGCUGAACACUGGCGCGCAGCCGACCUCUCGCGGGGAACGCUCUCGCGAGAGUACAUCCCGGCCAUGCUCUCGCGCCCCAUUUCCUCCGCGAGUUUUCCCGUUCCCGCCAUCAGCGCUGUCAACAACUCGGAGCCGUGGUCGGCGCGCGCUGGAAUCACGGACUCGCACACGAGCACGGGGGUCCCGCGAACGGAUCACGUAGGGAACCGGCGGUGGUUUGACGCAUCGGAGAGCGUCGCGUGCAGCUCGAGAGAAGGUAAAUUCCCUGACGACUGGGCAAUACAGUGGAACCCGAGGCCAAAAGCAUCCCCAGACUGAGGACCCAUGGCUAGCGCAGUACUCAAACUCUCCACCGGCGGCGCUGUCCGUAUCCGCAUCUGCAGCCUGGAGCAAGGGACCACUAGAUGGAGAGAGGGCAACUUUGAGAUCCACGAGAAGGACAGCAAAGUCAGCCUGUGUCUCAAAUUCAGCAGUGGCGGCGCCCCGAAAAUCUUCCAGCUAAACCAAAAUGUGAAGAAUGUGGUGUUGGGUCCUAUGCAGAAUCAGAUCCGAAUUGUGGUGUCAUUGAAAGACUCCAGCGUCGUCACCUUUGAUAAAGUGCCUGUUACGUUGGCCCAGAAAAUGAAGGAGUACCUGGAGAAGCUAAAGCAGGGCAAAUCUGCAGUUUUGAAGACAACCCAGGCAAGUGCAAGUUUUAGUGGCGUACUUGGCAACCGAUCCAUCAAGAAUGACUCUAGCCAACACAUCCCGUCUGUGGAGAGACAGACUGCAUCAAGGAGAGCAAGCUUGGAAAACCGAGAGGAAAAUACCCCUCGCAAGCCGCUGGGUAGUCCCAGCAGAGUCAUGGCCACACCCAUCCGUGGUGGGCUCUCUGAGAACAGGAGUGAGAAGAGGAAGAGGCUGAUGACCCCUGAGAGCGACAUGAACGAGGACUAUCCCAAGGAGAAUGACUCGUCCAGCAAUAACAAGGCCACCUCGGACCCUUCCAGGAAGUUUCUCCUCAGCUGCAAGGAGAAGCUGAAGCAGUCAGAGGAGAUUAGGAGCUCAGGUCCAGCACCACUUCAGCCUUCAUCUUUUUACAGCAGCAGAUCUAAAGACUUCUCACAGAGCCAUUCUUUCCUGGACAGGCCAACCAGUGCUGGCCAGUCUCCCUCUUCCAAGAGGAGCUUACUAUUCCCCAGUCACUCAACUCCCUUUAAGAAAGUGCGACCCAGUCAAGACUACAGCGGAUGGAAUAAGCCAAGGGCAACCAUUCUUGCUCAGCCACAACCUCCGCUGCAAGGAUUUUCCAACUUGGGAAACACCUGCUACAUGAAUGCUAUUCUCCAGUCGCUCUUUAGCCUACAGUCUUUCUCCAAUGAUCUGCUGAAGCAAGGGAUCCCAUGGAAGAAGGUCCCUUCGAAUGCCCUGCUAAGGCGUUUUGCCCAUCUGCUCGCAAAGAAGGACAUUUGCAGCCCAGAGCUGAAGAAGGACCUCUUGAGGAGGGUGAAGAGUUCAAUCUCCUCCACUGCAGAGCGCUUUUCAGGGUACAUGCAAAAUGAUGCUCAUGAGUUCCUGAGCCAGUGCCUGGAUCAGCUGAAAGAAGAUUUUGAAAAGAUGAACAAGAGCUGGAAGAAUGAGCCCCACUCAUGGGAGGAGUCUCAGGGGGCACGGCCUGGAGAGGAGCCUGACACCUCUCGAGUAUACACAUGCCCCGUGGGUGCCAAUAUGGAGUUUGAAGUGCAGCACACUAUCACCUGUAAAGGUUGUGGAGAGGUGGUCACAAAGCGGGAACAAUUCAAUGAUUUGUCCAUCGAUCUGCCCAGGAGGAAGAAAACUCUACCUUUGCGAUCCAUACAGGACUCUUUGGACCUCUUCUUCAGGAUGGAGGAGAUUGAGUACUCGUGUGAGAAGUGCUGUGGGAAGUCUGCAACUGUGACACACAAGUUCAGUAAACUUCCCAGGGUGCUAAUCCUCCAUCUGAAGCGGUACAGUUACAAUGCCCAGCUGUCGUUGAACAGUAAGCUUGGCCAGCAGGUCCUAAUACCCAAAUACCUCACCCUGCAGUCUCACUGCACAGAGUCCACGCGGCCUCCACUUGGUCUCAGCUGGAACGCGCAAGCGGCAUUGUCUCGAACACUGAAAUCUUCUCAAUCUGUGAACAGCUCUUUGGUACAACUGCGGAAAGGUCCCCUGAAGUCAACCAGCUCCAUCAGUGUGCUUGUGGACUCUGACAGCGAGGAGGAGCUGACCAGAAAGGCUGCUAACCGCAGACGCAGACUAAGUGACUGUCUUAUGGAUGAUGAAAGAAGUGAGAAGGUGCCACGGACCACACAGGCAGAGCAGCUUGAAUACAAUGCCAUCAAUGAUGACGAGAUGCUGGCUGCUGUGCUAGAGAUGAGCCGCCAGGACGCAACACUCUCAGGAGCCCCCGAAGAUGAACCCACCAGCAGCCCAGACACAGGGUUUGGCGAUGUCGACGGUGCAGACCUGAGCAACCACAUGGAUCUUCUUGAUGCAGACAAACCCUCAUCAGAUGUAUUGGACUCCCUGGACUUGACUAAAGAUCUGGAUGAGAACAAAGAGAACCAGACUCCAGAUGGGCCACAGGGUGAGCUGGACUGGGCACAACAGUAUAGCUUGGACCAGGAGCGGGAAGAGCAGGAGCUCCAGCAAGCACUAGCCCAGAGCCUGCAGGAGCAUGAAGCUCGUGAAUUGAAAGAAGAUGAUGAUCUGAAGAGAGCUACAGAGCUUAGCCUUCAAGAGUUCAACAACUCUUUGCCUGAGCUUCUCUGCUCCGAUGAGGACUCUGGGAAUGAAGAUGUCUUUGACAUGGAGUAUAGCGAAUCUGAAGCUGAGGACCUGAAGAGAAACGCUGAGACUGGAGAGCUUGCCAACUCAUUCAGACUCAUCAGUGUGGUCAGUCACAUUGGUAGCAGCUCAUCAUCUGGUCAUUACAUCAGCGAUGUCUACGACAUGAAGAAGCAGUCCUGGUUGACCUACAACGACCUUGAUGUUUCACGCACGCAGGAGUCCACAGUACAGCGUGACAGGGACAGAAGCGGGUACAUCUUCUUUUAUAUGCACAAGGAUGUGUUUGAGGAGCUCUCGGAGCUGGAGAAAAGUGGGGGGAACAGCGAAGCUGGAAGGACAGUCCUGCAGCCUCUUUGAAGGAACCAACCAUAAAUAUGGCAACACCUCCUGUGCCCAAAGGGGCCUGGGCCUCACCAUGAGGAGAUGUGUAAGACCCAGGGUAAAAGUGAGAACUUCCCAGUACUACUGAUCACUGUUCACCUUCCCUCACUCCAAGCACUUUUUUUUCCCCUCAAUAAAACCUUUAAUAUGUUUUGUUAUUGCAGCAGGUUGACCUGCAAGAUUCAUUCUUUUAAACCCAAAAUGCACACCCAUGUCUGUGAAGACUUUUUUUUUUUUUUUUUUUUUUUUCCCUCCCCCCCCCUCUUUUUUUUUUUGUAA